CUGCCUCUGUCGGUGUAGAGUGGAAUAAUAGUUUUUGUAACAGUCGUUUUAAACGAAUAUGUAUUUAUACUAUAUAACUACAUCUUCUGGUAUAGAAUUUUACAUAGGCUGUUUGAUCUGAGAACCUACAGCUUUCCGUAGCUAUAUCUAUCUAUUAAAAAACUUCAUCGAUUGGCGUUGGAUGUGUCAUAAAUUACCUGUAGCAAAAUGUCAUUGGAUAAAAUGUCCCUGCAUUCUGAUUGGGUUUUGCUUCAUUACACGUGUUUGAUUGGGCAAUUCUCAUUCCCGGCAAGCGGCAAGACGCUGCUUAGCUUACCUCGCUAGUUGCCGUUGCUUGAACUGUCAAGGUGCCAGAGAAGUCCAAUGCGUCAUGCUAGAUCCAGUGGAAAACAGCCUGUUUGACAUUCCUGACUAUGAGAACACGGAGGAUGAGUCCUUUCCCCCGCUGCCACCGCCGCUCUCUCCUGGCCAGGAGGAUGGAGAUCCCUUUGCUAACGGUGAGGAGGGGGAAGGAGACCUAUCUAAGCUGGCAGAGGCUCCUGUUGCCAAGAGGAGAUCUGUGAAGAGGCCACAGCCUAAGCUGGACUCUCAGAGGCUAGUUUCUGAACGAGGACUCCCUGCUCUGCGAACCUUAUUUGACAGUGUAAGAUUCAAAGGCAAGGGGCACGAGGCGGAGGACCUCAGGGUGCUGAUGCAGAAGAUGGAGAACUGGGCCCACAGGCUCUACCCCAAACUGCAGUUUGAGGACUUCAUUGACAAACUGGAGGCCCUAGGAAGCAAAAAAGAAGUACAGACCUGUCUGAAACGAAUACGACUGGACAUGCCGUUGACGCAUGAAGAUUUUAUCGGUAACGAUGGCCAGGAGGAGGCGCUGUCGAGAGAGGACCACGUGCCCGUUGACCCGGAUCCGUUCGGAGACGGCGGCUUCGCGGACGACCCGAUGGUGCACUCCACGCCUGCGCCUCCUCCCUCCUGGGCUCCCGCCUCCCUGACGGAGGAGCAGCAGCAGCGCAUCCAGCUCAACAAGCAGCUGGCUCUGGAGAGGAGGCUCGCCCGGCUAAAAGGACACACCGAGUCGACCCAGUCGCAGCCCUCCGGCGCCGAGGAGCCCAGCGACCCGUCCUCCCAGCUCCUGAGCCAGAGCCCCUCGGACCAGCGCCAGGGCGUGCAGAACCACAGCCAGAGCCAGCGCUCACCGGCACCGCGCGAUCCCCCGCCCUCCGACCCGCAAGGCCAGGGCGGCCCCUUCCCAGAGCUGACCAACGGCAGGGACGACGACAGCGACUGAGAGCACUGUGGAGCGAACGCUGUCCCAGACCCGGUGAACAGCGCUCCUCACCGCUGUGUCCGAUGCGCUGUCCGUGUGUGUACGCGACAAAAACCAAACCGACUACUGACGGAAAUCUGUUAAGCAGAAUGCCACGCAAACCAAAAUAUGAGCGCGUAGUCCUGCCUUCACGCGCACACGCUCAUUUCCUUAAGCCUUUCAUGCCAGGGAGCUCUCCGUUCAGUCCCACAGGCAAACGUUUUUUAAUCCAGCACGUGGUUAAGUCUGGGAGAGAAUGUUUGUCGAUGGUGCCUUUGAAUGUCGGCCUGUGAACGGCCUUGCUGUAGAAUUGUUUGGUUCUUUCGUUUUGUGGGGUUGAGCUGCUGGGUCCCUUUUGCCGUCUGACAGGGAGGCAGACGCGCUGACUCCAGAUCCUGUGUCCCACGGCCCUGUGGACCACCACUGGGUCACCAACGUCACCAGCACAGCCCCACCUGCACCCUGCUGUUCUUACCCGUCAAGUGCACUUGCAUUGUACUCUUCUCUUAUCUUAUUUUUAAAGUUUCUUUUAACAACCCGAAUAAAAUAAGAAAAGUUCCAA